AGAUUUUACAAUAUAUUCGGAACAUUUGAUGCAAUUUCAAUCAGUAUCGAACAAACAGUGCCAAAACGAUGAAGUUCUUAAUAAUAUUUGUUGUGUCAAUGGCAAUUGCCGUUAAGGGUUGGAAGCAAAAGUAUGGAAAUGACUUUGUGACAUAUUCGAUUGGUGAUAGAUAUGAAAAAGGUGACUUUCUUAUCAGGAAUGAAACAGUUGAGUCUAAAUUCUCUAUUUACAAUUGGCCGCGUGUUCAUCGACUUGAAUUUAAAAUUGAGAAUCAUGAUGAUUUAUUAAGUUUCGCUCAAAUUGACAUUAUUGACACUGAUGAGCCCCAUGAGGUCCAUAUAAGCACGCAACCCACACAUUACGAAGUUCUUAUUGUCAGCAAAUGUAAGUUGAAUGGUUUGGUUAAAGUCUACCAUAAAGCGCCAGAAAAUUUUCAUCAUUUGACAAAAUUAUUUCCGUCAUUAUUCAACGCUCAACGAGGUAGAGGAUAUUGAAGCGCUGUGAGGAUGAUAAAAAGUUCUGUUUCAGCAUCACUUUUAAUAAAUUAGAAAUUUAAUGAUAAAAGUAAAAUUUUAUGCAGCAGCUAGUGUUAAUUAAGAACUUUGUGCUGUUAAUUUAUUAAGAUAAUUAUCAGCUUUUUUAUGUCUGAAUGCAAUGUAAUGUAUAUUUAUGGCUUGUUUGUAAGUUAGUCUUACUAAAGAAUUUGUAAUGGUGUUGUAGGAUUAUACUGUGAAGCUUAGCUUUAUGUAUUAUGCAGCU